GUGCGCGCGCCCGCAACCCGCCGCCCGACCGUAAAGAGGCUCCGCGGUGUCGUGAAAGGAGCCGCAACGCGCAGAGCGCUGGUUGACGGCCGGGACUCCAUUUUGUUCGCCGCUAUUCUGCUCGUAAGUCGCUUCUCUGUGGCUUCUCCUGAGGAGAAAAGUUGAAAAAGGGUAUAAAAGUUUUCAGUCCUAUUCGGGCUUUCUGUUGCUAAGCACAGCGAGUGUCGGUUUUCUCUCUGCAGCAGACAUCGCGACUGCGGUUCCGAGGCAGCGGGAGGAGAUGCGGCCCCUGGACGUCGUCGAGCUGGCGGAACCCGAGGAGGUGGAGGUGCUGGAGCCCGAGGAGGACUUCGAGCAGUUCCUGCUCCCGGUCAUCAACGAGAUGCGCGAGGACAUCGCGUCGCUGACGCGCGAGCGCGGGCGGGCGUACCUGCGGAACCGCAGCAAGCUGUGGGAGAUGGACAAUAUGCUCAUCCAGAUCAAGACGCAGGUGGAGGCCUCGGAGGAGAGCGCGCUCAACCACCUGCAGAGCCCGGGCGACGCGGCCGAGGGCCGGGCGGCCAAGCGGGGCGAGAAGGCGGAGGAGAAGGCCAAGGAGAUCGCGAAGAUGGCAGAGAUGCUGGUGGCGCUGGUCCGGCGGAUAGAGAAGAGCGAGUCGUCGUGAGCGCGGUCGGCGGUUUGCAGCCAACGGAUUCUGGUCGACUGGUGGCGAUUGGCUGACACCCUGGAGAAGCUGAAACCAGAGAGCCUUUUGCUUUCUCUUUUUCCCUCUGUCUACGCUCUGUCUCACUUAACACUACGUUUUCUGCUAUGGUCUGUGGUUAAUGACCUCAAUAUGAGUUUUGAUUGUUCAGUGUUUCUGUUUGGGAAGUAAUUUUGUUUGGAAAACGCUCUCACGUGCAGGAAUUAGGGCCUAGAUUGUAAGCUCUUGCAGCAGUCACAUUUGUUCCCGGGCUUUGGUUGUUAUUUCUAAAUUUUUGAGGUGCUUUGCUCUUUCUUGUGUGACCUGAUAGCUCCCUGGAACUUUGGGUCUGUGUGUGGCGCAUGAGACUCACAGUUGGAGGUCUCCAGCUCUGGAGGUGCUGAAGGAGCCGCAUUCAUUCUGGAAGACGAGUCCAUGCGGCAACUACUGAGGAAAGGACCAGACUUCCGUGGGGAGUGCAGAUGGGCCGACCUGGCUGGGACUCACGAUCCUGGAGAAGAGCUGGAGAACGGAUAGUGUUGUCUGUAUUUGGAGACUUUAAUUUCUGUGUGAGACCAAAGGAGGAGAGAUGUAUUUUGUUCAAAAUUUCAAUUUUAUGUGGUACACUAUCUGAUGUAACCUAUCUGGUGAGUUUGUUUGGACAACCUAACUCAGCUGUCUUUGACAUGGAACCUGAAGUAGAGGAUGAGAUCUUGAUAAUCUGUUCAAGUUGAUGUAAUACUCUGAUGCGUGUUAGGGGACUUGACAUAAAAUGAAAGAUUUGCAAAGACCCUUGAGGGGCUGGGGGAUGAGAAUAUGGAACUGUCUGCAUUGGACCCUAAACUGGACUGGUACAGGCAUCUUCAAGGUUCAUACGUUGUCCAGCUAUAAGUUCAUUUCAGUAGCAGACCUAACAAAUAUUUGAGGUCAAAACCCUACCAUGUUAAAAAAAAAAACAAAAAAAAAAAAAACUUACCAUGUUAAUAAAAGUAUUCAGUUGCUUGAAAAGACAAAA